CAGCCAGGGCGUGUGCCCAUAAGGUGGGAUCUGAGACCAGGGCGUGUGUCCAUGGGGGGGAUGUGGGACCAGGGUGUAGGAUCCAGGUGCUCUGGGAUCUGGUCCCUAACACCAAUUUCCUUUUCAGGCUGCUCUCUGGCCGGGCACAGCUGGGUGUUGGGAGGGCGAGAAUUUCCCAAACCCACCAUCUGGGUGAGCCCCAGCAGGGUGGUGGCGCUCGGGGGAAGCGUCACCAUCCGCUGUGAGGGUUUGUACCCGGGCAUGAAGUUCUUUCUGCGUAAAGCUGGACACCCGAACCGGCAGAGGCCGAUGGUGCCUGAUGGGACCGUGGCUGAAUUUCCCAUCCCCAGUGUCGGCCGGGAAGAUGGAGGGAGCUACACCUGCGACUAUCGCUCCAUAACGGAUCAGAGUCGCGGGUCGUAUCCCAGCGACCCCAUCGAGAUCAUUGUAGGAGGGACAUUGGAACCAAGUUCAGCACCGGAUGUGACCCGUGCCAUCAUCGCCGGGGUGAGUGUGGCGGCCGUCGGCCUCCUUCCCCUCCUCCUGAUCUUCCUCUGCUACAGAAACGCCUCCAAUAAUGAAGGGAAAGAGCCGCAGACCCUGCUCGGUGGAGCUGGAGACUGGGGUGUUGGUGGCAGCGCUGAGGGGUCCCUCCCUGACCCCGUCAUGGCGUCUGCUCUCACCGUCCUCCUCCUCGGCUGCUGGUUUGCCGGGCGGAGCGGGGUGUCGGGAGAGGGGUCCCUCCCCAAACCCUCCAUCUCCGUCAGCCCCGGUGGGGUGAUCCCCGUGGGGGGAAACGUCAUCAUCCGGUGUCGGCAUCAGCGCCUGGGCAUGAGGAUCCUCCUCUACAAGGCUGGAGAUGGGAACUAUCUGAAUUACACAGACCCUGCUGGCUCUGAGGCUGAAUUUCCCAUCACCAGCGCCAGACGGGAACAGAGCGGAAACUACACCUGUCGUUAUAGCAACAGAACAGGACCAGUUACCUACUCGGAGCCCAGCGACCCCGUGCAGAUCAUUGUAGCAGAGCUCAGCUACCCCAAACCUUCCAUCUCCCUGAGCCCCAGCGGGGGGGUCGCCCCAGGGGGAGCCGUGACCAUCCGAUGUCGGGGUUCAUACCAGAACGUGAGGUUCCGUCUGUACAAAGAUGGGAACCCGACCACGCUGCAGGACGCGGAGCCGGCUGGGGACCUGGCUGAGUUUCCCAUUCGCAGCGUGAGCUGGAGAGACGCCGGGAGCUACAGCUGCUAUUAUCACCACAAAUCGGACCCAGCCACCUGGUCGCAUCCCAGUGACCCCGUAGAGCUGGUGGUAGCAGAUGCUGGUUCUAUUCCUGCCGGGGGAAACAACCAGACUCAGCCGGGAAAGACACUGGCUCCCACCUGCCCAGGCAGCACGGGGCCAGGUACCAGGGCUGGGAGCACGAAAUCACCAUCAACCCCCCCAGAAACAGGGGGAACCGACCCGACUCAGCCGGGAACGACACCAGCUUCCACCCACCCAGGCAGCACAGGACCAGAUACCAGUACGGGGGGCAGGAACUCGCCAUCAACGACCCCAGACACAGGUGGACCUGUAUCAAGCGCAGCACCGGUUCUGACCCGCACCAUCAUCGCCGGGGUGAGCGCGGCAGCCACCGGCCUCCUCCUCCUGCUCCUCCUCCUGGCCUUCGUCUGCUACAGAAGAACCCGAGGAA